CGUCCGGGCGGCGAGCGGAAGUGGGUGUGAGAGCGGAAGUGGCCGGCUAGAGCCGGGGGCUGGGCGGGGACCGGGCUUGUCGGUGAGGCGGCAGCGGCGGCGGCGGCUCGGCAGGCGGGUUCAGGCUUCAGGGGCCAGCCGCCGCCAUGAUCCUGCUGGAGGUGAACAACCGCAUCAUCGAGGAGACGCUCGCUCUCAAGUUCGAGAACGCGGCCGCCGGAAACAAACCAGAAGCUGUAGAAGUAACAUUUGCAGAUUUUGAUGGAGUCCUCUAUCAUAUUUCAAAUCCUAAUGGAGACAAAACAAAAGUAAUGGUCAGUAUUUCUUUGAAAUUCUACAAGGAACUUCAGGCACAUGGUGCUGAUGAGUUAUUAAAGAGGGUGUACGGGAAUUUCUUGGUAAAUCCAGAAUCAGGAUACAAUGUCUCUUUGCUCUACGACCUUGAAAAUCUGCCUGCAUCCAAGGAUUCCAUUGUGCAUCAGGCUGGCAUGUUGAAACGAAAUUGUUUUGCCUCUGUCUUUGAGAAGUACUUCCAAUUCCAAGAAGAGGGCAAGGAAGGAGAGAACAGGGCAGUUAUCCAUUAUAGGGAUGAUGAGACCAUGUAUGUUGAGUCUAAAAAGGACAGAGUUACAGUAGUCUUCAGCACAGUAUUUAAGGAUGACGACGAUGUGGUCAUUGGAAAGGUGUUCAUGCAGGAGUUCAAAGAAGGACGCAGAGCCAGCCACACAGCCCCACAAGUCCUCUUCAGCCACAGGGAACCUCCUCUGGAGCUGAAAGACACCGAUGCUGCCGUGGGCGACAACAUUGGCUACAUCACUUUCGUGCUGUUCCCCCGCCACACCAACGCCAGUGCUCGAGACAACACCAUCAACCUGAUCCACACGUUCCGGGACUACCUGCACUACCACAUCAAGUGCUCUAAGGCCUAUAUUCACACACGUAUGCGGGCGAAAACAUCUGACUUUCUCAAGGUGCUGAAUCGUGCACGCCCAGAUGCUGAGAAGAAAGAAAUGAAAACAAUCACGGGGAAGACGUUUUCAUCCCGCUAACUCUUGGGAACGGGAAGAGGAAGCGGCUGGCAACUGAAGGCUGGAACACUUGCUACUGGAUAAUCGUAGCUUUUACUGUUGCACCUCUUCAGGUUCUUAAGGGAUUCUCCGUUUUGGUUCCAUUUUGUACACGUUUGGAAAAUAAUCUGCAAAAAUGAGCUGUGCUUGCAAGGACUUCAUGGUUCUCAAGAAUUAAAAAAAAAAAAAGGAAAAAAAGAAUUCCACUUGAUCAACUUAAUUCCUUUUCUUUAUCUUCCCUCCCUCCCUCACUCCUCUUUCCUUCCCCCACUUUUCCAAGCUAUUUCGCUUUGCAAUAUGUUACUGGUAAUGAGUUGCAGGAUAAUGCAAUUUUAACUUGUUUUCUCCUAAGUAUUUGAGUUCAAAACUCCUGUAUCUGAAGAAAUACGGUUGGGGUCAUUAAUAAAGAAAAUCUUUCUAUCUUA